AUGAGUCGAAGCAAUGACCACAAGCUUGAUUAUCGCCGCUACUGGAGUCACAGCGAUGACAACCACUUCGUUACUAUACAUGCGCCACCGACCGAGUUGGAGCUGCAGCAGACUCUUUUGCUAGCAAGAGGAGCAAAUCGCUCACAGGCUGGCAUGAAGGACAUACCGGAAAGGAGACUAUCUGUGUGCUUAGCGAUAGUAUUGAAUGUCACUGCACUCAGCAUUCUUACUCUGGUCACGCUGGGUUCGCUCACUAUCCCGGGCCACCAUUCUGGCAAUGUCCGGAACAACGACUUUGAGAGCGCAUCAUCCACGGUCAGGACCCUUUCCAGCAUAGGACUUCUCAACCAACUAGGACCUAUCCCACAAACGUUCGCUCGCGACAUCAGCUUCCACAAGAUUUCGACCUGGAAGAGGUCCUAUCCUACAACAAAAGGGUACGUGGCGAUUCGCAACCCAACAGCUUAUGGUCUCUCGAUGGGAUGGCCGUUGAACAAUACUCUGAGCAGCACCGAUCCAGAGUAUUCAGAAGCAUAUGGGAUUGCCAUGUAUCAUCAGCUGCAUUGUCUCAAGGAACUUAAGAGAGGGAUGGCGGCGCUGCUGAAGGGAAGAGAUGUACCUGAGGAACGUGUGGUCUAUGAUGAUUGCUUUGAUUACCUGAGACAGUCCAUACUCUGUCAAGCAGACACGACCAUCGAGCCGUUUGCUGUGGUACACAAUAUGCUCGUCGAAGGGGUGGAUGGUUGGGGUAGUGUGCACUCCUGCAAGGAGUUGAAGUCUUUGGAAGACUAUCUGGACACGAAUAGUGCAUAUUGA